AACCUGUCACCUGUGGGGACGAAGAGCAACCCUCCCACGGCCACGGGGUUCCUCUGCCCCAUCAUUCCUACGGUCCUACCCUGGCGAGGGAAUCUCCGGAAUCUCCUCCAACAGCUGCUCCUCCUGGACUCUUUAUUACUGUUUAUCUUGAAUCCGUCGUUAUCCUGCCGCUCGUAGAACUAGUUUAUUCCCUUUCGUGGGCUAAAAAAUCUUCCAUUUUUUAUACAGAAAAUAGGUUGUGAUGAUAGUGAGAGGCUUGUGUUUGGGUUCUGGGACUUCCGCAGGUGCCUCCCUGUUCUCAGGUGUCGAGCCUCGAGUGCUGCCUUGCCUCUCUGUUCUCCCCUUGGAUUCUAGUUUCUCCGCUCAAGAAUUACCCUGAGAUAUCAGCAGAAAGGAGACCCAUCAACAAUUUGUGCUCCGAGGUCGUUUUCCUGAAGAAUUUCUGCACUGUAUGUAUCACUUUCCCCUUUUCUUCAUUUUUGCAAGAAUGGCACUGUUGGACAUGGGUAGUUUUCACCGCUUAAAUCAGUAGAUUCUUGCGCUCAGGAAUAGAAAGACAGGACAGGAUUCGGCUAUGUUUCUGGUGUUUUGGUUCAGAAAGAUUUGAUUUAGUGGAAAAGGUUAAGGAUGGAUGAAAUUGGGACACCAAAUUACAGCGAUGGGGGCUCGGUGCCGGACAUGGACCUGCUUAUGCUCUCAGCGUUUGAGGGCCUGGACAGUUUCACAGAGCUUGUCGCCGGUCCUACGUUCCGUGAUAGUAUCUUAUCCUCUUCCAGCAUUUCACCUGUGCAACAGCUGCUGCACAUUUCAGCUUCAUCAUCAACUGUAAAUCCUGAGGAGCAAGGUGAUGUUUCCAUUGCUGAUGGUAGUGAUUGCACUGCCAGCUUAGCCUCUGGUGAGUUCAUGCGCAUGAGCACUGCCACUGUCCCAAGGACAGUCCAUGGCGGCGUCAACCUAGCGGAGAGAAUGCUCAGGGCAUUGGCCAUGCUAAGAAAAACAUCAAAUGGUGGACCACUCCUUGCGCAAGUUUGGAUCCCUGUAAGAAAUGGAGAGCACCAAGUGCUGAGCACUUCCAACCAGCCUUUCUUGCUUGAUGAGAGGCUUACUGGGUACAGGGAAGUCUCUAAGCAGUUCACAUUCUCAGCCACAGAAGGAUCAGGUCUGUUUCCUGGAUUGCCGGGGCGGGUUUUCAUAUCCGGUAUGCCAGAGUGGACAUCGAACGUUAUGUACUACAACACUUCGGAGUACUUGAGGGUAGAUUAUGCGAUUCGCAAUGAAGUCCGUGGAUCGCUUGCCAUGCCGGUUUUCAAGUCAAGUGGUGGCACUUGCUGUGCGGUGUUGGAAGUAGUCAUGACGCAGGAAAAGGAUAACUUCUGCGCAGAGAUGGACAAUCUUUCUAAUGCUUUGCAGUCUGUUCAUUUGAGUACCGUGAAAGCAAGGGCACAUCCUCAGAGCCUUACUAGGAGUCAGGAAUCAGCUUUCAUGGAAAUUUUGGAUGUUCUCCGAGCUGUUUGCCAUGAACACACGCUACCUUUGGCACUUGCCUGGGUUCCAGUUUGUCCCAACAGCAAUUUGAAUGUGUCAGCAGAAUAUGGUGACCAGGCUAUUAAGUUUGGUUUAAGGAAUACAGAUGUUCUAUGUGUACAAGAAUCUGCCUGUUAUAUUAGUGACACUAGAAUGUAUGACUUUGUCUGUGCCUGCGCUGAACAUCCCCUUGAGAAAGGACAAGGUGUUGCUGGUAAUGCAAUUUUAUCAAACAAUCCCUUCUUCUCAUCUGAUGUGAGGGAAUACAAUACGCAUGAUUAUCCGCUUGCUCAUCAUGCCCGUAAGUUUGGUCUUCAUGCUGCUGUUGCAAUCAGGCUGCGUAGCACAUACACUGGAAAUGAUGACUAUGUGCUAGAAUUUUUCCUUCCACUCAUGUGCAGAGUUAAGGAAGAACAACAGCUCUUACUUGACAACUUAUCAGUGACUAUGCAGAGAGUAUGCAGUAGUCUGAGAACAGUUUCAGAUGCUGAACUUGAGGAAGAUGGCAUAACAAAGUCGUCAGGAAUACAAUGCUUACCAUCUGAUAUUUCUAUUAAUUCAUGCAUCCAGAUUGAUGCAUCCAGUGCAAUCAAGACAAAUAUGCCUUUGGAAAAUCAGAUACAAAGCACUGUUGAGCAACUGGUGGAUCAAGAACAUGCUAAUGAGUUUAAACAAGGCACUACAUCUCAUGGACAGAAAAUACGCAGCUCCACAGAGAAGAAUGUUAGCUUGAGUGUCCUCCAGCAAUACUUUGCUGGUAGUCUAAAAGAUGCUGCAAAGAGCAUUGGUGUUUGUCCUACAACAUUGAAAAGGAUUUGUCGGCAGCAUGGAAUAUCAAGGUGGCCAUCUCGUAAGAUAAAAAAGGUGAAUAGAUCCCUAAAGAAGAUUCAUAAUGUGAUAAGUUCCGUACACGGAGUUGAGGCAGUGAUAAAAUAUGAUCCUGCCACUGGAUGUCUUGUUUCAUCUGUUCCCCCUUUGGAAGAGCCUUCAAUGAUGAAUGUUGAACAUAGAAGUUCCGAUCCUCUAUCCAUUGAAUUUGACUUGUCCAAUCGUAAAUUUGGACAUGAUUAUGAUGCAUACAGAAGAGAACAUGUAGGGAAAGUUGUACUCACUACAGCAGAGUAUGAGAAGAUGAGUGAAAUUCAUAUUACUACAAACCAUGGAACAUUAAAAGGGCCACUGUGUCAGGAUGCGUCCAAUGAUUCAUAUAUUACAAAUCAAAUGACCCAUGUCCGAACGGAUAUGUGGGUAGAGGGAGCUGAGCGGAAGAAUAUAGUAUGCAAUUCUGUUUCUAUGCCACAACAAUUCAAAAUGAAGAAAGAAACAGACAAGGAUAACACAAACGUUGAUCAUAGCCUGCCAUCUACUUCCAGCAUGACAGAUUAUUCCAGCGGAGUUACAUCAAGCGAUUGCCCUAAGAGUCAACCAGUUAAUGAAAACAGUAUGAGCAUAACUGUGAAGGCAACAUACAAGGAACACAACAUACGGUUGAAGUUACUACGAUCCAUGAAAUACCAGAAUUUGGUUGAAGAAAUUGCGAAGAGGCUAAAACUAUCAGCUAGCACAUUUCAGCUCAAGUACAAGGAUGAUGAAGAUGAAUGGGUGAUUUUGGCAAGUGAUGCUGAUCUCCAGGAAUGUUUUGAGGUACUAGAUAACACCGACUCACAUAUCGUAAAAGUUCAAGUACGGGAUGUUCUAUUUGCGACCGGAAGUUCAUCAGGUAGUAGCUCCACAUGGUGCCGAUAGCUAGGACAGGAUGCUACUGCAUAAACAGUUUCAAAACGUAGGUGAUGUGUAGGGGCACAGGCAGCUUGGUGCUGAUUAUAGCAUUAUAUGACAUACUAUGUUGAACAUAUUCAUGUAAACCGCUGUAACAGGGUUGUAGAAUGCACCCUUUAUUAUGAAUAAGAGGAAAACAUGUUCAGAUUAGGAUUAUGGGUGUACGGUUAUUUUGAUAUCUAGGAUGGCUAGCCCAUGUUUCUUUUUGGGUAUAUUUC